AUGGCUUCUAUGGAGUAUGGCUUGGGACCCGCUCCCCACACCUCUGCCACUGCGCCUGCACACAGCCUUGCACCACCUCCACACCGGACCCGGGAGAAGGAGGGAGAAUUAGACUGCUACACCGCGCAUGCGCAGCAUUUGGCUGAGACCAGGAGCAGAAGCAGCGACCUGAUUGGUCAGUCUGUUUACACCUUUUAUGUGGAUCUAAAUGCAGAGAACAAUUCAGAGUCAGCCAUUGUCAAGCAUAAGAUUCUGUCUGUGAUGGCGUCUUUUGAUCUGAGAGAGGAGUUGAAAUGUCCCAUCUGCUGGGAGAUUUAUAUAGAACCCGUCAGCCUGAAAUGCGGUCACAACUUCUGCCAGGAUUGUAUCAUCCGCCAGCUGCUCACACAGAAGGGAUCUGGGUGUUAUUCCUGUCCUCAGUGCAAAGAAGAGUCCGAGGAGUGGCCAACGCUACACAGGAACAUUGCUCUGCAUAACAUAUCGGAGCAUUUCCUGUCUAAACCCUCCAUGGAGAACCGACUAUGCUUUGUUCAUAAUCUGGACCUGAAGUAUUACUGCGCUCAGGAUGCCUCUUGUAUCUGCGAUAAGUGCUUGGAAGAAGAACAUCGGGGACACCAGGUGGAGUCACUGGAUGAGGCCUCAGAGAAGAAGAGGGUAAGACUGAAAAGUGUUCACCAGAAUUUGAAGAUAGAGAGAGAGGAGAUGGAGAAUAGAGUUCAGAGUCUGCAGGAACACAAGAGGAAAGUAGAAGGAAAAGCAGCAGAGGAAACUGAUAAAGUCGCUGCUCUGUUCAGAGACCUCAGAAGACAACUAGAUGACUUGGAGAAGAAAGUCCUAAAAGAGAUCUCCAUAAAUGUCGAGCGGAUCUCGGUCUCUGUCUCCAAUCUGAUCGAUCAGCUGGUGAUAAAAAAGGGCGAGCUGUCCCGGAAGAUGCGGGACAUUGACCGGGAGCUGAGCAACAUGAUGGAUCCAUUGACUGCCCUCCAGCAAUCAGGCAUAGGUGACUUGUGUGACAUCAAUCAGAGAGAUGAUGAGGAACCCCCUAAUGAUGGAGGGGAUCUGGAUACAACUUGGGUGUCUCACGUGAUACAAACAGGUGCAUCCCAUAUAACCGGAAUAAUGAUAUGCUUCCAUCUACAGGAACCUGCAGACAUAUCGCUGGACAUAAACACGGCCCAUAAUGAUCUCCAUAUAUCAGAUGACAUGAAAACCGCAUCCUAUUCACCACACCAGAAUCGCCCCAAAACACCGCAGAGGUUUAAGGAUUAUACUCAGGUGUUAAGCAGUCAGAGUAUCUCCUCAGGGCGACAUUACUGGGAGGUGGAUGUCGGAGGGUCGGCGUAUUGGAGCAUCGGAAUGUGUUACCCCAGUAUAGACCGGGGAGGAUACCAAGCGCAGAAUGAAUGCAAUAAUAAGUCCUGGUGUUUGCGCCGAAGUGGCGAUUGGUAUUCAGUGAUACGCGACAGCAAAUGGAUCGAACUGCCGGCCAGUAUCUCCAGCGAUAGAUUGAGGGUAUAUCUGGAUUAUGAAUCUGGUCAGAUCUCCUUUUAUGAAUUUUGUACCCCAGUGAGACACAUAUACACCUUCACCGCCACCUUCACCGAGCCCCUCCACGCUGCUUUACGUAUAUGGAACGGUUGCGUCAAGAUAUACAGGGAAAAUCGGGGGUAG